UAACAACACGAAGUUCACGUGAGCAAGAUAAGAGAGAUUCAUCACCACGAGGCCUUUAUUAAUUCUAUGUCUUUCACGAGGCUGACACAAUUCUAUGCCUAUACCUUGAUGUGCACUUGUGCUGCUGGUUUUGUGGUAUAUUGCGCGUGAAGCACGGACGCAGUCACUGAGACAAUGAUAACGCAUGCGUACGUGCGUUAUCAGGAUCACCGCAGAUGUGCGGUCGUUAAAAUUGAAGACAUCCGAGGGUUCAAGGCUGACGACGACUUCCGGACAACAUUUUAAAUGUCAAGUGGACCGAUAAGGAUGGUGAAGCGCACUUUUAUCGCGCCAGAAUUCUUCUCGUCGGAGAGUCUGAGGAUGACCUCAAAACAAAGAUGAAAAGUGGGCGAGUCAGAAUCCGAAGAAUCCUCAGUAGCAGCGAUAGUGACAGAAGCGACAAGGAAGUCGCAAUGCAGACAGAGAAAAAAAACACGGGAAGGGCCCAGCAAUACACUGUUGGACAUACUGGCCUCAAAAAGAAAAAUCUCACGCAGAAAGACCGUACAGAACAAAAAACUCAACUGUCAGCAGCCCAGGAAGAAGUGGCCCGCCUUAGCUCGACAGUCAAACAUCAGGAGGAAGAGCUUCAAGAGCUGCGGGCUCUAAAUAGAGAGCUGCAGCAAAAGCUGCUCCACUCAAUGGACUGCAUGCUAGGCAAACAGUUUUUUUGUGUGUGCAUGAAGAGCACAGUAGAAAAAUGGGUACUAAUUAGGUUUUGCCGGUAGUAUACUCGAUUAAUCAAAAAUAGCCAUUGUUCUGAUGUGUUUUCAUAUUUCACUUGGUGCAGCCAAUUCAUCUCGAGCACCGCAGCUUGCACUGCCACCAGCACGAACACCACACGGUGGGAGAUUGUUGCCGGAGCUAUUGGCACAGGAGCCGGAGCUGCCUGAUACAGUAUGCAACUUGUGAUUUGCAAGUUCGGGUUGAAGGCUUCAUUCUUCCUUCCCUUCAACAAGUGUAUAGCUGGCAUAUUCAGUUCUUGCUGGGUUUUAUGUAAAUUUGCGAUAUGUAUUUUUUUAGAGACUGACAUUGGUAGUGGAGUCUGAAUUGCAAGCUCUGCGUGGAGGCGUAUACAGGACAAUCCGAAAGAUUCGAUGUUCGUGAAAGACCUCAGAGCAGUGUGGAGCCCAGCAGAGUUGCUUGGCCGGUCUCUGCAUGGAAAGCACUGUCCACGCUUUCCUGACCGCCCGAGAAAAGUGCCACUGUCGCCGUUGAAGGUGUCGGUGAUACGUGAAUGCUACAAGGAGCGACUGCACAAGAAAGGACUGGUGGCCGACAUGAUGCCUGGGGCGUUAAAACAGAUGAAUCACUUCAUUGUCGAAAAAAUAAGUGACAUCGAGAGAAUGGCCAAAAGAGCGACCAAGGAGCUGCCACAAGGAAACCAUGAGAAGAACCUGCGACUGAACCUACCUGCAGCCCCGCAGGGGCGUCUGC